AUGGCCAAGCCCCCCCUGUCCAGACCUGCAGACCACCUGAUCCAGCAGAACCAGAGACGGGAGGAGGCCCGAGACCAGGUCCUGGAGUUCAGCAGGGACCAGCAGAGCUGCCACCUCAGGGCCUGCUGGCUGCAGAGCGCCGAGCGCAGUUUCCUGACAGGAAGUGUGCAGAGACGGGUCCGAGCGGCGCUGCAGCAGCAGGAGGACAGCCUGCAGGACAGGAGACACAGACUCAGGGUCCUCCUGGAGGCCGAGGAGCAGCAGCUCCUGCAGGAGACAGAGGACCAGCAGGAGACGGUCCUGCAGAAACAGGACAAGAUGAGAGACAGGACCAGAGCUCUGAGACAGAACCGAGAAGAGGAGAGGCAGCAGCUGCUCACACACAAGAUGGACCAGCUGUUCAGGGAGCAGUGUGACGAGCUGCGCAGCAUCCAGAUCCGCCGCCGCCUGCAGCAGGUGAGUCAGGAGCGUGCCGCUCAGGUGAGGAGCAGGCAGGAGGAGCAGCUGCAGCGGCAGCAGGAUGAGCGGCUGUUGGAGGAGCUGCUGGAGGCCGAGCAGCAGGUCCGACACCAGCAGGAGGAGCUGAAGGCCCGGCAGCGCCAGCAGAGGGACUGGCAGCAGCUGCAGGAGCUGAGGCAGCAGCUGGAGGCAGCAGAGACACGCAGGCAGCAGGAGAGGGAGCUGAAGGAGGAGGAGKCCCGGCUCCUGCUGCAGCAGAACCAGAACCAGGUCCUGGAGGAGCASAGGAGGCAGCAGCUCAAGCUCCAGGAGCAGCAGAACCGGCGCCGGCAGCUGGACCGAGACCUCCAGCUCAAAGGGAAGCGAGUGGCCCGGGAGCAGCAGGAGGAGCAGCAGGAGGAGAGGAACUUCCUGCAGGAGUGUUUCAAACAGGAAGUGGAGCACAGACAGGAAGCUGCUAACAGGAAGGCACUGCUGUGGGACGAGCAGCACAGGUACACACACCACCUGACACAGGAGGCGCAGAGGAGGAGGAAGGAGGAAGAGGAGACCCAGCAGCUGCUGCAGGAGCAACUCCAGGAGGUCUGGAUGCAGCAGGACAGGAGGCAGCUGGACCGGGAGGUCCGGAACCGUCUGAUGAAGGAAGUGACGGAGGCUCGACACGUGCAGGUCCAGAACAAAGUGGAUCUACACCUCCAAAAACAAGCUGAGCUUCAGAAAGAGAAGGAGGAGCUGAACCAAGCCAUGGAGGAGGAGAAGCUGAAGGUCCAGGAGGAGAGGAGAAGCAGGAGGCAGGCAGCAGCAGAGUACCAGGCAGACCUGCAGGCUCAGAUGCAGCAGCAGCAGCAGAUCCGCAGCCAGCAGACGGUUCAGACGCUCAGAGAGGACCAGCACGGUCUGAUCCGGGAACAACUCUACAGACACAGAAGAGACCAGAUCCUGAACCGACCCGAGCCCAGCACCACCAUCCAUCCUUUCAGGAGAACUGUCAGGUCUGCAGACUGAGGAGCCCCCCAAACAACACAAGUACACCUGGAACUGCUCCAAACUGAGUCCUGCUGAGUCUGGAUCUGCAGCCUUUCUGGGUCAGCAACCAGAACCAAAGCAGAGUUUUACUGUUACAAUGUGUGAUAAAACCUGAUUACAUCUGUAAAACUUCACUUCUUUCAUCUGAACAAAGGAAUCAGUUUGUUUCAGGUUCUGUUCAGACUUUAAAACAAGAAAUAAAGAUUCAGCAUUCAGACCCAAACUGACCCGUUUACAGCUGAAAACCAUCUGUCCUUCUGUUACUUUAGGUUUUCUAAAUCAGGAUUGUCCUGUCCUGCAGACCAUCAGGGUUCUGGAGCAGAGGAACCUGUAAAACCUGCAGGACGGUGUCUCAUGACCACAUGGUGCCUCUUGCCCAAAGCUAAUCCAAUCUGAUUUAGGAAAAUAAAGUGGAUAAAACCUUGAAGACGUGUUUUUAAAAGCAGAACUGAACUGUGAAAUGUGAUUAGAUCACAACAACCCUGAGCUGGUCUGACUCUGAUCAAAGCCUCAGCACUGUGGGGCACUGCUUUGAAGGAUUAAUAAAAAAAAUUUUGAUGAAAAUCUGGAUAAUUUUGAUCCCAGCACUUUGGUGGCUUCAGUGUGCACUUUCAGAUUUAAAUGAAACUUAUCAAUCUUCAUGUAGUAGAUUUACAGUUAUUAAUUUCUUUAUUUUAGCCAGUUUUCACAGCAUACAGGUGAAAUGAUGACUUUACACUACAGACCUUUAAGGAGGAAAUACAAUAACCCUCUUCAUAGCUGUCACAGUUCAAACACAAAGUGUAUGUUUUAUUAGAAACUACAUAUUUACAGUCUAAAGAUGAAUAGAGGAGCAGAGGAACAACCAAACUGCAACAAACCUCCUAAAAGCACAGCUUCAAACUCUUGCUCAUUCCACAGGAGAAUAGGCUGAAUGUGUUUUUAAACUUUCUAUUUUAAAAUGAACUUUUACAUUUAAAAGACAGGAAUGUGUUUAGCUUUUUAAUUAUUGUGCAGUACAUAUGUUAUGACUGGUCAAAAUAUAAUGAAAAUGUUUCUUCAGUUUUUGUUUCUUUAAAUAAAUCUAGUUUGAGUGACACCA